CGCUUUUCUGUCAUGCGCACUAGGGAUUGGCUCUUUUCCCUCUCUACAAACCAGUAGGACCGGGCAUCGUCCUGCGCAUUGAGAGUUUCCCAGGAACGCGCGCGCGCGCGCAACUGCGCGGUCAUGCGCAUGAGCAGAUUAGCUCUCUGAGGGCGGAAGUGAGGAGCGGCUGCGCAAAGGUGGGGGGCGCUGCGCUUGCUGUGGGGUGGGCGAGCUGCAGAAAUGACGGCCUCCAGGAGUCCCGUGGUUCCUGUGGCAGUGUUGCUGCUGUUGGCUUGCGGGGCUCCCUGGACCCACGGGCGGCGGAGCGACGUGCGCAUCAUCACAGACGAGAACUGGAAAGAGUUGCUGGAAGGAGAGUGGAUGAUAGAAUUUUAUGCUCCAUGGUGUCCUGCUUGUCAGAAUCUUCAACCAGAAUGGGAAAGUUUUGCUGAAUGGGGAGAAGAUCUUGAGGUUAAUGUUGCAAAAGUAGAUGUCACAGAGCAGCCAGGACUGAGUGGACGAUUUAUUAUAACUGCUCUUCCUACUAUUUAUCAUUGUAAAGAUGGUGAAUUUAGGCGCUAUCAGGGUCCAAGGACUAAGAAGGACUUCAUAAACUUUGUAAGUGAGAAAGAGUGGAAGAGUAUUGAACCCGUUUCAUCGUGGUUUGGUCCAGGUUCUGUUCUGAUGAGUAGUAUGUCAGCACUCUUUCAGCUAUCCAUGUGGAUCAGGACUUGCCAUAACUAUUUUAUUGAAGACCUUGGAUUACCAGUUUGGGGAUCAUACACAGUUUUUGCUUUAGCAACUCUGCUUUCAGGACUAUUAUUGGGACUUUGUAUGAUAUUUGUGGCAGAUUGCCUUUUUCCUUCAAAAAGGCGUAGAUCACAGCCAUACCCUUCCAAAAAAUUAUUACCAGAAUCUUCUCAACCUUUGAAAAAAGUGGAGGAGGAACAAGAGGCUGAUGAAGAAGAUGUUUCAGAAGAGGAAGCAGGAAGUAAAGAAGGAACAAACAAAGACUUUCCACGGAACGCCAUUAGGCAACGUUCUGUGGGUCCUUCAUUGGCCACAGAUCAAUCCUAGUUGAUUUUUAUAGAUAUCAUAAUAUGAUUUUGGCAGAAACAGAAGAUGGAUCAUUUUGGUUUGAAGUAAACUGUGACAUGCUUGUACAUUGCAGGGUUCAGUCUAGAUUGUCAUUAGAUUGGACAGACUAUCUUCAGAAAAUAAAAGUAGCACUACGUAAAAAAGUUUGAAAUAGGAUUUAAGAACAACAGUAUGAUGGUUUAAACAAUUCUUUAGGUUUUGAAAAAUCUGGUGCCAAGCAAUAAGGUUUGAGUAUUUUUAUUUAAUAAUGUUUCAGAUCUUCUGAGUUGAAAAAUUACAUUUCCCGAGUAUUGCAUUAUUGAGGUAUUUUUGGAGAUUACUUUGGAGAAGAUUUCUCAUUUGAUAUAAUUUUUCUCAGUUUCACUGUGUGAAAAAAAGAACAUAUUUCCCAUAAAUGGGAACUUUGCCCAUUGACUCGAGAAAUGUGUGGUUCAGUGACAACUCUGGUCAUUUCACAAAUAUAGUCCAAAAUUUCUUCAUAUUUUUAGAUUAUGCAACUAAUAAAGACUACCUUGCUUUAAUUAGUUUUCUACACAUGGUAAUAUAGGAUAUUCUCCUGAUUUAGGAAGUUUUUAUGUAAGUCCAUGGUGUUAUCUUGAUUCCUAUAAAGGUCGGUUGCCUUUUUUUGUUCCCCUCUGUUCACUGUAUGGUUUAUGUUUUUCUUACCAUGGGUUACAUUUUCUUUUUCUAAAUUGGAUAAUUUUCUGGAAACAUUUUUCAUGCUUUAAUAAAUAGCCCUUUUUGUUUCAACUGAAGCUUACUGAGGAUUCCUUAAAAUUGAAAAGCUGUUUACUGAUCAUUUAAAAUUUUGGCCACUCAUUUCAGAUUUUAUGUCAUUCUGUUGAACUUCUGAGGUUUUUGUUCGUUUGUUUUGCACAUGAAGGUGAACAUUCCUGAUUUUUAUUUGAUCUUGUAGAAAAGCCUUGAUAUUUUACAUUUUGAAAAUUCAUAGAAGCUUAAUUUGAUAUAAAAUAAAGUUACCAUUCUACUCAGGAAAAAGCAUCUUAUAGUGUAUGUUUUCACUGUAUAUUCAUCAUCACAGAAAAUUCUUAAUUGAUUUUACAAAGUCUGUGUAUGCUUGAUGUUUAAAAAUCAUAACAUUCUUACGUUUUUGAACACAAAGUCUGUAUUCUGCUGUACUUUUUAUUGUGUAGUGUUUCACAGGUGAGCAUCAGCAGGAUGGGACAUUUAAUAUAAUUUUACACCUCAAAGAGUACAGAGCUUUCACUUUACAGCAAAAGGGGGGGGGUGUUGGGUGGCAGUAAGAACUGUAUUAUCUACAAGAAGGGGAAAAGCCAUAACUCAGAAUGAAUCACUUGCCCAUUAUUUAAUAGACAAUUUCUGUAAUGUCCUGUUUUGUCUAGAUUCUGCUGUGUGAAUCCAUUAGACUUAUACAGUAUCAUAAUGUACAACAGUUUUCUUCAAAGACCUUGCCUUUAGAAUAUUAAAUAUUCUACCAUUGAAGAGUUUUGGAUGUAUAGUAAUUUUGUGAUGCUUUAGAAAAAUAGACUAAGCACAAAAUAAACUUUUCUAAGCACUUCACUAAAGGCUGGAGACAAGUGUGAUUUCUAGUUGCAUAUUUAGAAGUACUUCAUUACUUUGUAUUUAACAGUGUUCAGAUGAAUAGUUGUGUCACUCUGUUCUUAAUUUGUUUAAUCAAAAGGCUAGAGUUCUACACAUUUUUUUUUUGUUAUUUGAGAUGAUAGAGGAAAAUAGUACUCAUUAAUCAGGUGUUCCACUUUCUAGUAUUCUAGUAUACAAGACAUAGACUUUAAGUUCUUAAUUAGAAAAUACUGUAUAUACAGAAAAUUAAAAGUAGCCUGAAUAGGUAGAGACAUGAUAUUUCAGAAAACAGAUGGUUUUGCAUUUCUUCAAGAUUGUCACUCUAGACACCUGAAUAAUCAAUUUUCUGUCAUACGAGAGGCAUAUAGAAACUACAGGAUCAUUUACCUCUAACAGACUCCUUUUGUUUCCCUUAUUAGGUUAAGGGGGCUCAACAUAGCAGUUAGUUAUAAAUCUUAGGAGAGAUUAAGGUGCGAUAUCAGCAUCCUGGAGAACUCUGCCCCCCACCCCGCAAUAAUUAUUCAGUGCUAACGUGGAAGUGUAAAACUGAUCACUCCAAUAGAAAAGACAGUUCUAGGGAUGCCUGGGGGGCUCAGUUUGUUGAGCGUCUGACUUCAGGUUAUAAUCUUGUGAUUCGUGAGUUCCAGCCCUGUAUCGGGCUUGCUGCUGUUAGCACAGAGCCCACUUCAGAUCUGCCACGCUCCCUCUCACUGUCCCUCCCCUGCUGGUGCACUCUCUCAAAAAUAAAUAAACCUUUAAAAACAAAUGCAGGUCUACCACGUACUGCCUAGGUCAGCAAGAAUGACAGAAGUUGUAAUGAAGAUUCCUGUGUAUAUAUUAGCUUCCAUUCACGACGGUUCUUUUUUCUCCACAUUCUUGCCAACAUUUGUUACCUCUUGUCUUUUUGAGUUAGCCAUUCUGACAGGUGUAAAGUGAUACCUCAUUGUGGUUUUGAUUUGCAUUUCCCUUAGGAUUAGUGAUGUUGGUUGGGCCUCUUUUCAUGUGUCUGUUGGCCAUCUGUGUGUCUUUGGGAAAUUGUGUAGUCAGGUCCUCUGCCCAUUUUUAAUAGGAUUACUUGGGUGUUUUUGGUGUUGCCCUGUACAAAUUCUCAUAUAUUUUGGAUAUUAGCCCCUUACUGAAUAGAUCGUUUACAAAUCUAUCUUCUCUCAUUCAGUAGGUUGCCUUUUUAUCUUUUGGAUAGUUUCCUUCGCUGUGCAAAAGCUUCUUCUUUUGAUGUGGUCCCAAUAGUUUAUUUUUACUUGUAUUUCCCUUGCCUAAGGAGACAUACCUAGACAAUGUUACUAAGGCUGAAGUCAGAGAAAUUAUUGCCUAUGUUUUCUUCUAGAAGUUUUAUGGUUUCAGGUCUCACAUUUAGAUCUUUAAUCCAUUUUGAGUUUAUUUUUGUGUAUAGUGUGAGAAGUGGUCCAGUUUCAUUUGUAAAUGAUGGUUUUGAAAGCAAUUUUCCGUCAAGUCAGUUGUGUCCUUAUUCAACCGAGUGCAUCAAAGGCAUAGGUCUGGACUUAAUUAUAUUACGAGAUUAACAUUUUUGAAUAAACAUUUUAACUCAUUUUAGGAUUACCUAGGAUAUUAUGAUGCAUAACACUAGUUUAAGGUAUAAUUCUUUCAAUAAAUUAUUUCUUUCCAGUUUUACUGAGGUAUGAUUGCCAAAACAAAUUACUUUUGAUAGGGAUCUUUUAUUAAUAAGAUAAUUAAUUUGAGAUGGAAUUUAAAUGAGUGGUCCUACUGAAUAAUUGUAUAAUUCUAAAAGUAAAAUUAAAAAAAAUUUUUUUUAAUGUUUAUUUAUUUCUGAGACAAAGAGAGACAGAGCAUGAGUGGGGGAGGGGCAGAGAGAGAGGGAGACACAGAAUCAGAAGCAGGCUCCAGGCUCUGAGCUGUCAGCACAGAGCCUGACAUGGGGCUCAAACUCAAAAACCGUGAGAUCAUGACCUUAGCCAAAGUUGGUUGGUCGCCCAACCGACUGAGCCACCCAGGCACCCCUAAAAGUAAAAUUUUAAAUAUAUCACUUACAGAUUUGGGUAUAUAUUGCGUAUCUAGCAACUUCUGCAUUUGUUCUAAAACCAUUAAAGCUAGAACAACAAAUUUAAAUUUGAAGUUUGAUAAUAUAUAAGUAGUAAAGUCAUUAUCUGAACAGAUCUAAAAUAUAUCCUUUUAAAUUUUAUUUUAUUUACUAAAAAAUAUUUUUUUAAUGUUUAUUUAUUUAUUUAGAGAGAGAGAGAGCACAAGCAUGGGAGGGGCAGAGACAGAGAGUCACAGAACUGAAGCAGGCUACAGGCUCUGAGCUGUCAGUACAGAGCCCGAUGCGGGGCUUGAACUCAUAGACUGCAAGAUUAUGACCUGAGCUGAACUCAGACCUUUAAACUACUGAGCCACCCAGGUGCCCCUAAAAUAUAUCCUUUUUAGGAAAAAUGUUUAUUUUGAGAGAAAGAGCAUGAGCCAGGGAGGGGCAGAGAGAGAGAGAGAGGGAAUUUCAAGCGGGCAUGCUGCAAUCAGUGCAGAGCCCAACCCAGGGGCUUAAUUUCAUGAACCAUGGGAUCAUGACCUGAACCAAAAUCAAGAGUCAGACACUUAACUGACUGAGCCACCCAGGCACCCCA